AUGACCAAAGUUCUUCUUACGGGUGGUUCGGGCUUCAUCGCCGCCCACAUCCUGGAGCAGCUCCUGGAAAAGGGCCACUCGGUCGUGACCACCGUCCGCUCAGAGGAAAAGGCCCAGGCCAUCCGCGACGCCUACAAGGCCCAGUCCGACCGCGUCGAGGUCCUCAUCGUGCCGGACAUUGCCCAGCUGGACGCCUUCGACGAGGUAGUCAAGACGCCCGGCAUCGAGGUCGUCCUCCACACGGCCAGCCCCUUCCACUUCAAAUGGAGCGACCCCCAGAAGGAACUCCUCGACCCGGCCAUCAACGGCACAACCGGCAUCCUCAAGGCCCUCAAGAAGUCAGCACCCCAGGUCCGCCGCGUCGUCGUCACCUCCUCCUUCGCCGCCAUCAUCGACGAGGCCCACCUCUCCGACCCUAACCACACCUUCUCCGAGGACAGCUGGAACCCGGACACCGCCGCCGACAUCCACCGCUCCCCCGCGACCGCCUACCGCGUCUCCAAGAAGCUCGCCGAGAAGGCCGCCUGGGACUUUGUGGAGAAGGAGAAGCCCGGAUUCGACCUCGUCACGAUUAACCCGCCCCUCGUCGUCGGCCCUGUCAUCAACCACCUCGCCAGCCUCGACAGCAUCAACACCUCCAACGAGCGUGUCGUCAACCUGCUCCAGGGCAAGUGGCGCGAGUCCAUCCCGUCCCAGGGCCCCGUGGCCCUCUGGAUCGACGUCCGCGACGUCGCCCGCGCCCACGUUGUCGCCGGCCUUGAGAAGCCCGAGGUCGGGGGCCACCGGCUGUUCACCACCGCCGGUCUCUUUGGCAACCACGACUAUGUUGAUAUCGUGAGGGCAAAGUUCCCCGAGUAUGCUGACAGACUGCCUGCCCCCGAGGUCAAGGGUGGUGAGAGGCCUCUGCCUGAGCAGACCUUCAAGUGGAAUGUGGAGAAGACAGACAAGCUGUUGGGUAUUGAAUGGAUCAGCUUUGAGAAGAGCGUCAUAGAUUUGGUCUCGUCGUUAAAGAAGCAUGGUAUCUAG